GUAAAUAUAUACAAUGCGUGACACUGUGUGACUACAGUAUUUUUCUCGAGGACUGAUCGGCUGAAUGGAAUCUCGACAAUGAGUGCAAGCGAAUCCGUGAGUCAACUCUUUUCGGAAUCUGUUGCUAAUGACAAGAUUUUUACGAUCGGAGUCACUGUGGACACAGGUUUCGAAUGGGAAGCAAUUGACGAAUGCAAAGAGAAAUUGGGCAAAGAUGUUCGGGUGAUUAGGCAACGCGGAAGAAUCUAUUUUAAUAUUGAUUGGGACGAAUUUCCAAAAGUUCAAGAAAUGAGAUCGAUAGAUCACAUAUUCAUAGUAGCUGACAACGGAAAUUUAUCGUUUAAUAAUGACAAAGAAUCAGACUUAUUGCAUAUAAGAAGUUAUAACUUGGACAUACUUUCGAACUCAGAUAAAAUAUGGAAGAAAACUCUUGAAGCAUGGAAAUGUGCAACAAGUUUCAAAGGAAAACUUUAUCCAACGACUGAAGAAUACGUUGAAGCUAAAAAGGAAGAUCUAGUAGCCAAAACAGAAAUGUUAGAAAUGCGUAACAAAGAAAAGGAAGAAAAAGAUCCCUAUGAUUGGAAUGUAUCAGAGAUGAAAGAAGAGAAAGGAAAAAAAAGGGGUCAAGAUCCUUCAAAAUCCCAAGAGAACGAUGUACUCAAAUACAGAGUAACGUGUGAGAGGAAUGGUAAACAUGCAGUUGAAUCCAAGGAUGUUGCUAGGGUUAUCGGAGAGGUAUUACAGGACAAGUUUCAUUGGUUGGUUGACUUGUCCAUGUAUCAUCUAGAAAUUCUCUGCAAAUUGGUAAAUGAUCAAUUAAUAACGCAUUUACGAGUAACGCACAAAUCCAAGCACCAUAGAAAUAUUGUAAAUUUUGGACCAACUACUCUUAGAUCAACUAUAUGUUACAAUUUGCUAAAAUUGGCCAAUCCCAAGCUAGGAGAUAUAAUAGUAGAUCCUAUGUGCGGGGGAGGUUCUAUUCCUAUAGAGGCAACACUAGCUUUUCCACAUUCAUAUGUCUUAUGUGGCGACAAUGAUUCCAGAGCUAUAGAUAGAACAAAGUCAAAUAUGGAUGCUUCAGCAAUUACAUGUAAAAUAGAUCUCGUACAAUGGACUGCUUCAAAAUUGCCAUUCAAAGAUUCUUUUGUCGAUAUUAUUGUUACUGAUAUGAAUUUGGUCGUAUAGUAAAAUUAAACGGAC